AUGACAGGUUACGAAGAAAAAUCGUUUAGCGUAUUUCUUUCCGAGAAAUUUAAUUUUACGCAAGACAUUAUUGAUGUCGUUCUCUAUGCUGUUGCAUCAAGCCGGAGUGAAGAUGUGAGUGCAAAAGAAGGAAUGUCAAGAACGUCAAAGUUUGUAAGAUCAGCUGUCAAGUCGUUACAACAGUCGGACCAACAAAGGGCCUAUCAUGGCGAAUUUGCAUUUCUGGUUAACAAAUAUGGAGGAACAAGCGUGCUUGUUGAGCAAUUCAGUUACUCGGGAUUUGCAAGAUAUGGUGGUAUCAACAUCAAUGAUAGAAGGGUUCAUAACAUAGUCAUUGACGAAGAGAAGAAACAAUACGUUGGUCUGGUUCAUGGCAAGAAUCAAUACCAGUCGUCUGACGUACUGAUAACUUCUAUGGAUUACGUUCCUAUACAAUUUUCUGGAACGGAAUUUGCUUGGGAGCAAAUGUCAAGAGCUAUAGUGAUCAUUGAUGGACAUAUUCACCAAGAAGACUCGCCGGCAACAGUAACAAUUUAUCCUCCAAACAUAAUUGAAAACAAAUACCCAAUAACACUACUCCAAUACUCACCAAUAUUGGCAGUGUGUCCACAAAACAGACGCGUUCUUUACUUGUUUACUAAAUCGGACAAAUCAAGUGCCAAAGAUGACUUGAUGCAAGCGAUUAAAACCGUAGCUAAUAUACCAGAAGACGGUGACUCAGAUUCCAAAAAACCCAAUGUUCUAUUCACUCUCUUUUAUUGUCAGAAGGCUCGUAAAAUCACAGAUGAUUUUACCUCAUCAAUACCUCAAAAUAUGUAUGUUCUCAAUGACCCAGAUGUAACUAUCGAUCUCGACGCGUCCACUAAAGAGGCGAAAGACGUAUUUGAGAAGAUUUGCGACAAGUUUUACCCGAAUACCGAGUAUUUACCUACUCCCAACGAAGAGAUUAUUGAAGAUGAUCUAGAUGAUGUUAAGGCUGAAGAGAAUGACGGGGAGGAAGAGUCAGGUCAGCAACCGUCGAAUACAACAGAUUCUGGGCAGGCAACUAUAGAUUAG